AUCUGAAACCAAGGAAUUCUACUUUAAGUGGUUCUGUUCCAGAAUAACUACUGUCUGCCAUGAACCACUGCGUCCCCAGUUGGAACAUGGAAGGUGAUCUCCUUCCGGUGGGACACCAGAAGAUAUCCAUGGGGCCUGACCAUGAGCUUGUAGAGCUCUUGUGGAGAAAUGGACAAGUAGUGUUACAAAGCCAAACAAAUAGAAAACCAGGUCUCAUUGCUAAUGAAUCCAAACAAGUUCAGAAGACUGAUCAAUCCAUGUUCAAGGGUAUUGGGUCUUUUGGAAAUUCAAGCAAUUUGAUUCAAGAAGAUGAGACUGCAUCAUGGAUCCAAUACCCACUUGAAGAUUCUCUGGAAAAGGAGUUCUCUGAUUUCUUCUAUGAGUUUCCAACUACCAAUCACCCCGAGGUUUAUAAGCCAGUCAAACAAUUUGAAGCCGAUAAAUAUGUUAAAUUUGGUGUCGCAGAGGAGAACAAUGCACUCGUCACUAGCAGAGCACUAAGAUCACAGCAACCCACUUUCAAACAAUCAAAUGAUCCUAGUUUAUCUGCAAAUCCAAUGCCUCCUCCAAGAUUGCAAGUUCCUCCUCCAACUCCGCAAGACCCUAACUUGGGUGAGAUUAGAAGAGUUGUAAACUUUUCUCACUUUUCAAAGCCAGUCAAGACUGACUUAGGACCAUCAAAAGGAUUAAUUGGGGAGCAAGGACCAGGAAAAGUAAUCAGGGGUGAGGUUGGAGACAACUCAGCCCUGACUAUUGGUUCAAGCCACUGCAGCAGCAACCAAAUUGUAAAUGAAGCUGAUUUGAGUCGUGUUUCGAGUAAUGGGGCUGGUGCAACUGGUAUACUGCCCCAACCAGUCAAAGAAGCUGCUAAGAAAGUGCUUGUUCAGUGUGACAGAGCGCAAACAGGUUCCCUUGAGCCAACUGUUACUUCAUCUUCCUGUGGAUCUGGGAGCAGUUUUGGUAGAGCAGGCAAACAGUCCACUAGUACCCCUAGUAACAAAAGGAAGAGCAGAGAUGCUGAUGAAUCUGAGUAUCAAAGUGAGGAGGCAGAAUUUGAAUCAGCUGAGGCAAAUAAGCCAGUUCAAAGAACUGGGUCUUCUCGCAGGAGCCGUGCUGCUGAGGUCCAUAAUUUGUCAGAAAGAAGGAGGAGGGACAGAAUCAAUGAGAAGAUGAGGGCACUGCAAGAGCUUAUUCCACACUGUAACAAGUCAGACAAAGCAUCAAUGCUAGAUGAGGCGAUUGAGUACUUGAAAUCACUUCAGUUACAACUUCAGAUAAUGUGCAUGGGGAGCGGAAUGGCGCCAAUGAUGUUUCCUGGUGUUCAACACUACAUGUCCCGAAUGGGUAUGGGAAUUGGUCCACCUUCCUUGCCUUCUUUGCACAAUCCAAUGCAAUUGCCAAGGGUCCCAAUAGUUGAUCAAGCAAUAGCUGCUUCUGCACCAAAUCAAUCAGUGAUGUGUCCACCUCCAGUUUUGAAUCCAAUUAAUUUUCAAAACCAGAUGCAAAACUCCAAUUUCCCUGAACAGUACGCACACUACGUGGGCUUCCAGCACAUGCAUGCUGCUCCUCAGCCCAUGAAUAUGUUUGGAUAUGGUUCUCAAAUGGUACCUCAAGGCCAUAAAAUGGUUCCUCCUGUCACUAGUGGUGGACCCUGCAAUGGAGGAGUUCCUAUCGACAAUACUCAAGGCAGCAAGCUGGGUUGACCUCCGACAAUUCAUGCUUAUCUGAUGCAGAUGGUCCCCAGGGUGAAUGUAACACACCCAUAACUUGAAGCCAUCGAAGCUUCCUCUAAGUCCUUGUGCAGCAAUGGACCAGUCGGAGUAUUUAAACUAUUUGUACAUGCUGGUGACAAUUACUGAACUUCCAUGAUUACUACUGCAAGAGAAGGGGUGAAGUAUCUCAUCCAUACAGAUCAUAUCAUUUAAACGGUGAAAGCGAAGUCUUAAGAAUAUUUCAAUCAAGCUUCAAACUUGAGCUGUAACUAUGUUGAUCUUUGGUUCAAUUAUCCUGAGCUACCCUUCUGAAGUUUUGGAAACAAAGUUCUUUGUAUGAAUUUCAUUAUAUGGGGAAAUGUACAAAAUCUGUAAUUGUUUCUAAUAUGUGAGCACCUGGUCGUAUCUCUCAAA